UCUCCGUUCCGGACACGAGUAGUGGCUGACUGUCUUGGAGCGCGUAGUGGAGCUGACUCGGGCAUUGUUUUGGUAAACACCAACCCGCUGAGGGAUAGCGAACCGUGGGCCUCCAAGUCCAGGGACUGCUCGUUCCUCCGCGUUCUGCCUCCCCGGACCCCAGACCCCCGCGCCAGGGCCGGUAUUUAUAAAACCAGCCCGGGGUUUAUUCACACUCCGGAUGCAGCUAGCCGAUGCUAACGCUAGCUAGUGGCUAGCUAGCGGCUACCUAGCGUUAGUGGGUUUCUGUUUUAAAGACCGCCGUUGCAACAAGUCGACCCGUCCCCUGUUUGAAUGCGUCCACGCAUCCACACAUAAGUGUUGUGUGUGUGGGUAACACACUAGAAGAGAGCGGUACGAUGGCCGUCGCCCGGGCCUCCAUGGCGGAGAACAUCAUCAUCCUGGACGACGACGACGAUGACGAGGACAGCCCGCAGCCUCCGCGCCCCGCCCAUGCCGCCCCCUCCAGGCGCCGCUCUGCCCCCGCCAAGGCGCCCGCGCCCAAGGAGCCCACCCCCACCCCCACCCCCACCCCGACACACAUCACCGCCUCGCCCUUCGCCUCGGCCAAGAAGGAGGGACACGUGCUGCAGGUGGAGAACCAGCGGCUGUUUGACGAGUUCGUGGCCUACUGCUCCACGCUGACCCAGGACUGCCCCGAGGUGCUGGCCUUCCUGCACACCAAGCACGCCAAGGCCUCGCCGCCCUUCCUGGCGUCGGUGGAGUUCCGCAACGCGCUGGGCCGCUGCCUGACGCGCGCCCAGGCCAACCGCGCCAAGACCUUCGUGUACAUCAACGAGAUGUGCACCCUGCUGCGGCAGCACUCCAGCAAGCGGCGGCAGAGCCUGGUGGCCGCCUCCCACGCCGCCGCCGUCCCGCCCGCGCUGAAGAGGAGGAGGAAGGAGGAGGAGGAGAACGGGCUGGGGCCGCCGGGGGAGGAGCUACCCUCCGCCUCGGGGGGCCAGGCGGAGGAGGAGGAGGAGGUGGUGCAGGGGGGGGCGGAGGCGGAGAGGACCAAGGGGAGGGCGUCCAGGCGGCAGAUAGCCUACCUGGAGAACCUGCUGAAGGUGUACAACGAAGAGAUCCGCCGGCUGCAGGAGAAGGAGAUGAGCCUGGACGACCUAGCAGCAGAGGAUUCUGGGUACAUCCAGGAGGACAAGCUCAAACACAAGAUGAUGAAGAUCUACAGUAAGCUGUGUGAGCUGAAGGGCUGUGACAACCUGACGGGCCGCGUCAUCGAGCAGCGCCUCUGCUACAGCGGAACGCGGUACCCCGAGAUCAACAAGAAGAUUGAGCGCUUCAUCAACAGCCCGGAGGCCCGGCGGAACCCCCCCGACUACCCUGACAUCCGGCGGCUGGUGCAGCGCACCAACCAGCGCCACGCCCUGGGGCUGAGCGGCCGCCAGCUGGGCCAGAUGGCCCAGGAGGCGUUCCGUGAGGCGGGCAGCCGGCUGCAGGAGCGCCGCCACCUCGACCUCGUCUACAACUUCGGCUCCCACCUCACCGACCGCUACAGCGCCACGCGGGACCCCGCCCUCGCAGACCCCUCCCUGCUCCGCAAGCUGCGGACCAAUCGGGAGACGGCGCUCACCAACCUGGAGGAGGUGAUCUCCAAGUACUCGGGGCGGCAGGAGGACACGGAGGAGCAGGAGAGGAGCCGGAGGCUGGACAAGGACCGGCAGGGGAAGGAGAAAGAGACGACCGGGGAAGAGACGAAGCAGAUGAAUGGAAAGGUGGUGGAGGAGGAGGAGGAGGAAGAGGAGGAGGAGGAGGACUAUUCGGAGCCAGACAUAGAGGCAGAGCUCCUGGCCAGCGAGCAAGUCGCCGGACAAGCGGACGAUGAGGACGAUGAGGAAGAGGAGAACGGCGAGGCGGAGGGAGUGAAGGCGGUCGCCAACGGCAACGCCUCGCUGAUCGUCAGCGAGGAAGAGGGGGAGGAGGAGGGGGAGGGGAACGCCACGGCAACGCACGAGGCUGCCGGGCCGACGGGGCAGGCCCCCGGCGGGCUCAGUCCGCUGACGGACAGCGACGUGACGGACCUGUCGCCCAUGUCCCUACAAGAGCUCUCCCCCAGGGACAGCCCCAGCCAAUCACAGCCCCCGGGACCCCCUCCCCACCACGGGCUGUCCAACGGCGUCGUUGCCGCGGUGACGAGGGAGGCGGCGGCGUCCCGUAAGGCGUCGGAGGUCCCGGCGGAGGUCGCCUCGCCGCCCCCGUCGCCCGCCGCCGUCCAGACCAAUCAGGACUCUUCCACGGCCACAUGUGACCUGCUGUCCGCCAACGGCAAGUCGUCCCCACUCAGCCUGCGGUUCACCAGGGGGAGGAAGAGGACGCGAGAGGACCAGGAGAAGAGGAAGGCCCACAUCCACGCCCUCCUCCCAGACAGUGACAUGGACCUCACCCUGGACAUGGGUCUGGUGGUGACCACCCCCCCGCCCAGCCACCCGGAGUCCGCCCGGCCAGACACCCCCACCCGCGACCGGCUCCACGGCGCCCAGUCCACACCCCCGCCCAAGAAGAACAAGGUCAACGUGGCCACCCAGUGCGACCCGGACGAGAUCAUCGUUCUGUCGGACUCCGAGUGACCCCUGACCUUUUAGUCCACCGUGGGCGUGGCCUCGGCAGCAAACCAUCACAUCCUCCAUCAAGGAGGAUGUAUCAGGAAGAGGCUAA